GUAACCCACGAGUUCGCGUAAUAUUAGAGCGCCAAGUUGACCUUAGCUCAAAGAUUUAUCUAAACAUUCCAAACCUUGAUAGCAUGCUGAACCCGUGAUACAACAGAAGAUAUUUGCAUUGAGGUAAUGGACGAGAAAUCACAAAAGGUUGGAUCACAAAAUAAAGCUGCUACAAGAUUGUCUGGCAAACACAAGAUUCGUGUCCGUCUUGCUAGAGAAGAAGACUACAAAGAUCUUCUUCGAAUCUCAGAAGGUAUUUACGGAGGAUUAGAUUCUCUUCCCCUUCGCUUUCAUGAUUGGCUUAAGAUUCCUAACAAGUUGGUUUACCUGGCUGAAUUGGAAGGAAAAGUGGUUGGAGUGAGUGUGGCCAGCAUUGUGUCUUCAGGCAAGACGUGCAUGUCGUCAACAUUUCGUAUCCAUAACGAUUACCGCGGUCAAGGGCUGAGUAGUUCCAUUGAAGCCGAGAUUGCUAUUGAUCUCCGUCGGAUCUAAAAGGCGUUCAACGCUGGUAAAGAGUAACUCCACAUUGAAUUCCUCGCCGCACGUCUUUAGUUUGGUUAAAGCGGGACGUGGCGACAAACUGCUCGAGGAACUACACGGUGUCACUUUCCAGAUAAAAGGAGGGGCCGAUUUUACCAAGAAAUCUGAAAAUUACAUUGAAACGAGCGAGGCAAUGCGGUACAUUGGCUUAUAUCCAUAUAGGGUUGAAGAUGCUGAUAUAAUAUUUGCUGCUCUGGGCUCAAUAGCUCCAAAAAAGAUCAUAUUUAGAGCUGGCGAAGCUUUUGAGCCAAUAGCUUCAAACAUUCCUUAUAUAUUCCAAGAAGAAGAUAAAUUGUUUGCUGAAGUGAGUAAAGAAGAAACAAGGAAAUCAAAAUCGAAAAUUAAAUCGUUCAGCCAAGAGUGCAGUCAGUAAUCUGGUUAUGUUCAAUUUAUACAAAUGACAAAGAGUUGUUCAAAGCACAUUUAUUACAGCAGCUACAAACUGCUUCUGAAAUAAUCGGGAAAG